AUGGGAAACCAUACAAGAGUGACAGUGUUCAUCAUAGCAGGUUUGACUGAUGACCCGAAAUGGAAAGUGGUGUUGUUUAUCUUCCUGCUUCUCACCUAUUUGCUAAGCGUCACUGGCAAUCUCAUCAUCAUCACACUCACCCUGGUGGACACUCAGCUUAAGACACCCAUGUAUUUUUUCCUUCGGAAUUUUUCCUUCUUAGAAAUUUCAUAUACUACCACAUGCAUCCCUAAAUUGCUAGCUAUUAUGGCUACAGGGGACAAAACCAUUUUCUAUAAUAGUUGUGUUAUUCAAGUGUUUUUUGCCUUCCUGCUUGGAGCAUCUGAAUUUUACUUGCUGGCGGCUAUGUCCUAUGACCGCUACGUUGCCAUCUGUAAGCCCCUGCAUUACACAACCAUCAUGAACAGCAAGAUCUGCACACAGCUCGUCCUCAGUUGUUGGCUUGCUGGGUUUUUUGUCAUCUUUCCUCCACUCCUCUUAGGCCUAAGUCUUGAUUUCUGUGCCUCCAACAUUGUUGAUCAUUUCUACUGUGACACUACCCCCCUCCUGCAGAUCUCCUGCACAGACACACAACUCAUUGAGAUGAUGGCAUUCAUCUCGGCUUUGGUGACACUCUUGGUCACAUUGGUAAUGGUGAUAAUAUCAUAUGCCUAUAUUGCCCUGACAAUUCUAAAAAUUCCUUCUGCUAGUCAGAGGAAAAAGGCUUUUUCCACAUGUUCUUCUCACAUGAUUGUCAUAUCCCUUUCUUAUGGCAGCUGCAUCUUCAUGUAUGCUAAACCAUCAGUCAAACAACGAAUAUCUUUUUCCAAAGGAAUUUCGGUGCUUAAUACCUCAGUUGCUCCACUUUUGAACCCUUUUAUCUAUACCUUACGGAAUCAGCAAGUGAAAAAAGCCUUCACGAAUAUGAUAAACAGGAUUAUAUUUUUCUUAAAAAAAUGA